AUGGACCAAAAGCCAAAGACCUUUGCCACUAGCCCGCCACCGCUGCAGCCGCAUCCACCAAAGUGUUGGCUGAACCGCAUCAAAACAUUCUUGGAAGUCCCUAACCCGAGAAUCGUCAGAAUCUUUCUCAUAAGCAGCUUUGCCACUUUUGCCUCAGACAUUGCUUUUGCCUUUGAAUGGGCCUUUCACGGCAAGAACCAGACCGGAUUCCAGUGGAUCAUCUACUACGCAUUGUCCCUAAUUUUCUGUCCAGUUCUCAUCUGGCUCGGUCUUGGUAUCGGCAUGGCUGUUUCGUCCAGGCACGGGUCAACGCAAGUUGCUAUCUCAGCCGUGAAAGAAGAUGCCGGAAGGGGUGGAACUAAGGACAGCAAUUGUCGGAGUUUGGCUGUUGUGGUUGAUCCGACUAAUAAAAAGUGCAUUGGGCCGAAGAUAUUCGAGGGUAAAUCCUCAAAGCUAAAACGUUCCGCUUCAUUCCCGUUGCAUAGCAAAGUAAGAUCAUGUCGGACUAGGUGAGUCUUCCCAUCACCGUGGAUCAUCUGCAUUUCAAAUCUUUAUUGUGAUUUUUCAUCUCAUUUUAUAUAUAUAUGAUCAAGACGUAAU